GGAGCGCUGCAGAAGCGGGAGCACGGCGGAGCUUCGAGCCGUUGAGGGGAAAAGGGACGGGGGUUUCUCUGGGGGGGCCGAGCGGGUGGACGGUGGUCGGCGAGGAGCCGGCGCCGUGUCGCCGCGCGGCCAUGUCUAGCAGCGACGGCGCCGCGAGGAGGAGGCGGCGAGCCCAGCGCGGUCCGAGGCGCCCUCUGUGAGGAGGACCGGCUGACGGAGGCAGCUCCAUGUCGCCGGCCAGGGAUUAAGCCGGGCGGGCGGGCGGGCGGGAGACACCGAUCCCGGCGGGGCUGGCGAGGGAGCGGGGCGCGGCUGCCCCGUCGCUUCCUGGGCUCCUUGGGCGGACCCGAAGCCAGCCAUGGCUGACCGGAGCCCCCCGAAUUGCCACCUGAGGCUGGAGUGGGUCUAUGGCUACCGGGGUCACCAGUGCCGCAACAACCUUUACUACACGGCGGCCAAGGAGAUCGUGUAUUUCGUGGCGGGCGUCGGGGUGGUCUACAGUCCCCGGGAGCACCGGCAGAAAUUCUACCUGGGGCACCAGGACGACAUCAUCAGUCUUGCUUUGCAUCCUGAAAGAGUAUUGGUGGCAACAGGUCAAGUUGGGAAAGAGCCAUAUAUCUGCGUCUGGGACUCAUACACUGUGCAGACUGUAUCAGUAAUGAAAGAUGUUCACACACAUGGUAUAGCUUGCUUGGCAUUUGACUUAGAUGGGCAGCGUUUGGUUUCAGUAGGUUUGGAUUCAAAAAAUACCAUCUGUGUGUGGGACUGGAGAAAAGGAAAAAUGUUAUCUAUGGCUCCUGGUCAUACAGACAGGAUAUUUGAUAUUUCUUGGGACUUGUACCAACCAAACAAACUUGUCAGCUGUGGUGUAAAACACAUUAAGUUCUGGAGUUUAUGUGGCAAUUCAUUAACGCCGAAGCGUGGUGUUUUCGGUAAGACUGGUGAUCUCCAAACUAUAUUGUGCCUCGCCUGUGCAAGAGAUGAAGUAACAUAUUCUGGUGCACUUAACGGAGAUAUAUAUGUAUGGAAAGGAAUCAACCUUGUACGAACCAUACAAGGAGCACAUGCUGCAGGAAUUUUCAGCAUGAAUGCAUGCGAAGAAGGCUUUGCCACUGGUGGCAGGGAUGGUUGUGUUCGUCUCUGGGACUUAACUUUUAAACCAAUUACUGUGAUUGAUCUCAGGGAAACAGACCAGGGGUAUAAAGGCUUGUCUGUGAGAAGUGUUUGCUGGCGAGGAGAUCACAUUCUAGUUGGAACACAAGACAGUGAAAUUUUCGAGAUUGUGGUGCAUGAACGCAAUAAGCCUUUUCUUAUCAUGCAAGGGCACUGUGAAGGAGAACUUUGGGCGCUGGCAGUUCAUCCUACAAAACCAUUGGCCAUGACUGGAAGUGACGAUCGAUCAGUAAGAAUAUGGAGCCUUAUAGACCAUGCACUGAUUGCACGGUGCAAUAUGGAAGAACCCAUUCGUUGUGCAGCUGUUAGUACUGAUGGAAUUCAUCUUGCACUUGGAAUGAAAGAUGGUUCUUUCACAGUACUUCGAGUUAGAGAUAUGACAGAGGUUGUUCAUAUUAAAGAUAGAAAAGAAGCUAUACAUGAAUUAAAAUAUUCACCUGAUGGAAAUUUCCUUGCAGUUGGCUCCAAUGACAGCUCUGUUGAUAUUUAUGGUGUUGUUCAGCGGUACAAAAAGGUUGGAGAGUGUGCUGGAUCCACAAGUUUUAUCACUCACAUGGACUGGUCAUUGGACAGUAAAUAUUUGCAGACCAAUGAUGGCAGUGGGAGAAGACUAUUUUACAGGAUGCCCGGUGGAAAAGAAGUGGCAAAUAAAGAAGAGUUAAAAGGUAUCAAGUGGGCUUCAUGGACCUCAAUUUCGGGCCUUGAAGUGAAUGGAAUAUGGCCUAAAUAUUCAGAUAUCAAUGAUAUCAAUUCCGUAGAUGCAAAUUUUAUGGGCCAAGUUUUAGUUACUGCUGAUGACUAUGGAAUAGUAAAAUUGUUUCGGUAUCCUUGUUUAAGAAAAGGAGCAAAGUUUAAAAAAUACCUUGGUCAUUCAGCACAUGUGACAAAUGUCAGAUGGUCACAUGAUUAUCAGUGGGUUAUUUCUAUUGGUGGAGCAGAUCAUUCUGUUUUUCAGUGGAAAUUUGUUCCUGAAAGAAAACUGAAGGAUGCUCUUCAUAUAGCACCACAAGAAAGCCUGAUUGAUUCUAAUAGUGAGGAAUCAGAUUCUGAUCAGUCUGAUAUUCCAGAGCUGGACUCUGAAAUUGAGCAAGAGACCCAGCUCACAUACCGUCGACAGGUUUACAAAGAAGAUCUACCUCAGCUUAAAGAGCAAUGCAAAGAAAAACGGAAAACGGCAGCAUCAAAAAGAAGAGAACGGGCUCCAAUCAAUAGUGUAAGGUUGCACUUUGUUCAUGGUUACAGAGGCUAUGACUGUCGAAGUAAUUUAUUUUAUACCCAGACUGGAGAAAUUGUAUACCAUGUUGCAGCAGUAGGUGUGGUAUACAAUCGACAGCAAAACACACAACGCUUUUAUUUGGGUCAUGAUGAUGACAUUCUCUGUCUUGCUAUUCAUCCGUUAAAGGACUAUGUGGCAACAGGCCAGGUUGGUCGGGACAGCUCAAUUCAUAUUUGGGAUACCGAGACAAUCAAGCCACUAUCUGUUUUAAAGGGCUAUCACCAAUAUGGUGUUUGUGCUGUUGACUUUUCAGCGGAUGGCAAACGCCUAGCUUCGGUUGGAAUAGAUGACAAUCACACUAUUGCUCUUUGGGACUGGAGGAAAGGGGAGAAACUUUCAGCUGUAAGGGGGAGCAAAGAUAAGAUCUUUGUUGUUAAGGUUAACCCCUUCAUGCCUGAUAAACUUGUUACAGCUGGAAUAAAACACAUAAAGUUCUGGCGAAGAGCAGGAGGUGGACUCAUUGGGAAAAAGGGCUAUGUAGGCCCAAUGGGAAAGAUUGAUACAAUGAUGUGUGCUGUGUAUGGCUGGACAGAGGAGAUGUCUUUCUCUGGAACAUCUACUGGAGAUGUGUGUAUAUGGAGAGAUCUGUUCCUUAUUAAAACUGUGAAAGCACACGAUGGCCCAGUAUUCAGCAUGCACGCACUAGAAAAAGGAUUUGUCACUGGAGGCAAGGAUGGAGUAGUAGCUCUCUGGGACGAUACCUUUGAACGAUGCCUCAAAACAUAUGCCAUCAAAAGAGCUGCCUUGGCCCCUGGCUCCAAAGGUCUCCUUUUAGAAGAUAACCCUUCUAUACGUGCCAUAUCAUUGGGACAUGGUCAUAUUUUAGUGGGUACGAAGAAUGGUGAAAUACUGGAAGUAGAUAAAAGUGGUCCAAUAACUUUGCUGGUUCAGGGUCACAUGGAAGGAGAAGUUUGGGGCUUAGCUACCCAUCCUCAUUUACCUAUUUGUGCCACUGUGAGUGAUGAUAAAACCUUAAGAAUAUGGGAUCUUUCUCCAAGCCAUUGCAUGCUAGCUGUUAGAAAACUGAAGAAGGGCGGACGAUGUUGCUGUUUUUCUCCAGAUGGGAAGGCACUGGCAGUAGGUCUCAAUGAUGGAAGUUUUUUGAUGGUAAAUGCAGACACCCUGGAGGAUCUUGUUUCCUUUCAUCACAGAAAGGAUGUUGUUUCAGAGAUACGAUUUUCCCCUGGUGCUGGAAAAUACUUAGCUGUAGCAUCGUAUGACAGCUUUGUAGAUAUUUACAACGUAAUGAGCAGUAAGCGGGUUGGAAUUUGCAAGGGAUCUUCCAGCUACAUAACGCACAUGGAUUGGGAUGAAAGAGGCAAACUUUUACAAGUCAACACUGGUGCUAAGGAACAGUUAUUUUUUGAAGCUCCUCGAGGAAAAAAACAAACCAUUCCAAAUUCAGAGGCAGAAAAGAUUUCCUGGAUAUCAUGGACCAGUGUUUUAGGCUCCUGCUGUGAAGGAAUCUGGCCAAUAAUUGGAGAAGUCACGGAUGUAACUGCUUCAUGCCUCGCCAGUGAUGGUUCAGUCUUGGCAACAGGAGAUGAUUUUGGAUUUGUAAAACUCUUCCGAUACCCUGCCAAAGGAAAAUAUGGGAAAUUUAAGAGAUACGUGGCUCAUAGUACACAUGUAACAAAUGUUCGUUGGACUCAUGAUGACAGUUUACUGGUCAGUGUUGGAGGUGGAGACACAUCUUUAAUGCUGUGGACCCAUGAGAUGGAGGGCCAUCGAGAAAGCAGGCAAUGUGACAGUGAAGAAUCUGAUCUAGAUUCUGAGGAAGAUGGAGGAUAUGACAGUGACGUCACAAGAGAAAAUGAAUUUAUUUACACCAUCAAAGCCUUAUCAACCAACAUCAGACCAAUGUUUGGAAUCAAACCUCAUCUGCAGCAAAAAGAGCCUUCAGUAGAUGAGAGACAAGGGGUUGUAAGAGGUUCCAGACCACCAGUUAGUAGGGCUUUGCCUCAGCCUGAAAAACUUCAGACAAAUAAUGUUGGUAAAAAAAAGAGACCCAUAGAGGAUCUAAUGCUGGAGCUGGUGUUUGGAUACCGAGGCAGAGACUGCAGGAACAAUGUACACUAUUUGAAUGAUGGUGCUGAUAUAAUUUACCACACUGCAUCUGUUGGGAUCCUGUUCAAUGUGGCAACAGGCUCUCAGUCUUUUUAUCAAGAACAUACUGAUGAUAUUUUGUGCCUCACUAUAAAUCAGCAUCCCAAGUUUACCAACCUUGUGGCUACUGGCCAAGUAGGAGACUCAGCAGAUAUGUCAGCGACUGCACCUUGUAUUCAUGUGUGGGAUGCUAUGAACAAGCAGACAGUGUCUGUCCUGCGAUGCUACCAUUCGAAAGGAGUUUGUUCAGUCAGUUUUAGUGCCACUGGCAAGCUUCUUCUAUCUGUAGGGCUGGAUCCUGAACAUACGAUCACCAUUUGGAAGUGGCAGGAAGGUGCCAAAAUUGCCAGUAAACCUGGUCACAAUCAGCGUAUUUUUGUAGCAGAAUUCAGGCCUGACUCAGACACACAGUUUGUUUCAGUAGGAGUAAAACAUGUGAGGUUCUGGACCCUUGCUGGGAGAGCACUUCUCAGUAAGAAAGGACAGACAAGUUCAAUAGAAGAUGCACGAAUGCAGACCAUGUUGUCUGUUGCGUUUGGAGCUAAUAACUUGACAUUUACAGGUACCAUCAGUGGAGAUGUGUGUGUUUGGAAAGAACAUAUAUUGAAUCGAAUUGUGGCCAAAGCUCAUAAUGGGCCUGUGUUUGCAAUGUAUACAACACUGCGAGAUGGCUUAAUUGUCACAGGAGGCAAGGAAAGGCCAUCCAAAGAAGGAGGGGCUGUAAAACUAUGGGAUCAGGACCUGAGACGAUGUCGUGCCUUCAGAUUAGAGACUGGACAGAUAACUGAUUGUGUUCGCUCUGUAUGCAGAGGGAAAGGAAAAAUUCUUGUUGGGACAAGGAAUGCUGAAAUCAUAGAAGUUGGAGAGAAAAAUGCAGCAUGUAACAUACUAAUUAAUGGCCAUAUGGAUGGGCCUAUCUGGGGCCUGGCAACUCAUCCUUCUCGUGAUGUUUUCCUGUCUGCUGCAGAGGAUGGAACAGUCAGACUCUGGGAUAUUGCUGACAAAAAGAUGAUGAACAAAGUCAGCUUGGGCCACGCAGCGCGUACUGUGUCAUAUAGCCCAGAAGGAGACAUGGUGGCUAUUGGCAUGAACAAUGGAGAAUUUAUUAUCUUGUUAGUGAAUUCUCUGAAAAUAUGGGGGAAGAAAAGGGACAGAAGAUCAGCUAUUCAAGAUAUCAGGUUCAGCCCGGAUUCGCAUUACUUAGCAGUGGGUUCCAGUGAAAAUGCAGUGGAUUUUUAUGACCUGACAUUGGGACCUAGUCUUAACCGAGCCAGCUACUGCAAAGAUAUCCCUAGCUUUGUCAUUCAAAUGGACUUCUCUGCAGACAGCUGUUACCUUCAGGUGUCUACUGGGUCUUACAAAAGGCAGAUUUAUGAAGUGCCUUCUGGAAAGCAACUCCUGGAUCAAGCAGUGAUUGAUAGAAUAACAUGGGCCACUUGGACCAGCGUUCUGGGGGAUGAAGUUGUUGGGAUUUGGUCCAGACAUGCUGAGAAAGCUGACGUAAAUUGUGCCUGUGUUUCUCACUCGGGAAUCAGCCUUGUCACAGGCGACGACUUUGGCAUGGUCAAAUUGUUUGAUUUCCCUUGUCCGGAAAAAUUUGCAAAACAUAAAAGAUUUAUGGGUCAUUCAGCCCAUGUGACUAACAUUCGCUUUACAAGUGGAGAUAGAUACGUUGUCAGUGCUGGUGGCGAUGACUGCAGCUUAUUUGUUUGGAAAUGUGUCCAUAUGCCUCACUAAAAGACUUGGAGACCUUCCAAAGAGGACACUGCAUGAAACAAAGAGGCAUGAGUGCCCCAUGGUUGCAAUGAGACAUUCUCCUGUGCCCUGCAUGCUUCAAAGAUAUGGUGCUGAUAACAGACAGUCGUCUGCCUGAAUGACUAGAGUCUAUCGGAAGGAUGGACAGCUGCAAAUUUAUCCAGUCUAGUCACGUAUCUGAUAGCUUACAUCUGUUUCCCACUCACUGCCAGAUGCUGAAACACACGGAUGAGAGGAAGAAGUGAGUUUUAGCUGGAUGUACAAAUAAGAUCUCGGAUCUGUAAUCAAGAGACGUUCUUUCUGACCUAGUGCUGUACAAUGUGUUUACUUUCAGCAUGAAUGUUUUCAUUAGGUACUGGGGACUGAUUCUCACAAGAAUAGAAAACUCCUUAUUUUACUACUGAAAUGAAAACCACCUUGCCGCUCUUAAAAGUGUUUUUUUUUUUUUAAGUAGAUGAAAUAGAAAAUAUUUGACUGGUCCAGCAAAAGUUUUGUCUGGUUCAUCAAAAACAAGCAAACAAAACCCCAAGAGUGAAAUUUAUUUCUAGGACCUGCAGAAUUCUAUUUUUUUAAGGACUGGGUUGUUGUAAUCAUGUCUGGCGAAUGCUAGUAGGCAUAUAUGAAUCGCAUAAGCAUUACAUUAGUUCUGUGAGCAGAUUCUGAUUUUGCUCACAUUGUGAGUGCCUUGCCCACAACCUAAAAGUCUAACUCCAGUUUUUGCCUUGUGAAUAAAAAUGUUCUCAAUGGAAGAAAAAAUGGCUGUGUUUUCUUGCAGAGCUGUGCUGCUGGAAACACAGACUACAAGUUGAUUAUUUUUUUCGUAUUCAUAAGUCGAUGAAGCUUUGAGUUGUCACCAGAUGCAAAAACAUGAUUUCAUAGCAAUAGAAACGAUUGAUUUUAUUAUCACAGCAUCACUUGGAAGAUUCACAUGUCUUUUGGAAACUGAUUUUUCUACAAAUGGAUAAGACUAGUUGAAAAGGUUUUAAUCGUAUUCACUUGGUCAUAAGCUAGUUUAAACGUGCAGCCAUCUGCGUUGUGCAGCACGACCACUUGGCUUUUUUCUGAAAAAUCAUGUGGAUUAGAAUGCCAAAGUCGCCCAACAGAAUGCUUGGAAAGAGUGGGUGGAGAAAGCCACAUUUUUAUUAUUGUAGCCAUACUGAAUGAGAGCAUAGCCAAGUAAUUAAAUCUACAUCACAUUAACUUGAGUGUUCCCUAUGAUUCUUCUUUAGCACACAACUAUCUGUACUCUUCAACACAGUUGAUAUGACAGACUUUUUUUCCCAGCUAGUGUGAUUCCAUAGUAUGCCAGGUGUUUUCCCCAUCACAAAGAACAUGUGCAGUGAAGUGUUUGAUUAUAAGGGUGGGUUGCACAUGCAGUUUGUUUUCAUUUGUCCAUCCCGUUGGGACCAAUGCCAAAUGCUUCCAUCGAAGCCCUGUUCCUUCUUCCUUCGCAAACUUUCAACUAGAUCAGCAGUUAAUUGGUAGUUUGUAUUAUUUUCUGUCAACCGUUGCUUCAUACUGCUAAGUUUUUCUUUUCAUUCCACACACAUGAAUGGUGAUCUGAAAGUUUAUACUGAAGCAGAAAGAGCGAUCAAAAACACAGCAGUCACAGGAGGAAUAGUGUGUAGUGAGAACUGCAUUGGCUUUAGAUUGGUAAUAAAACCAACAGGCCACUAAAGGACAAACUGAGAUUGAUUCAAUGAACAAAAAUGUUUUCGACUAUCAUGUGAUGACAACCGAAUGAAACAGUUUUGUCAGAAAGGCCUAACUCACCACUAGAGACCAUGGCCUCUACUUUUGUGCAAGAAGGGCUAUUUUCUGGGCUAAACGAAGUUGGAAGAAAAUAGUUUUUUUGUUUUGCAGCUUCAUCCAUUUCUGUCUCUGUUACUAAUGCUGGAUCCAGAGUAAACCCUAGGCUCUUAACCAAGUCCUUUAAGCCCCAAUGAAGAUGGGAAGCAUAGUGUCCUUUAAGACUUCAGUUUUCCCAACCAGCAUUACUUAUGACUUGUUGGGGUGCACUUUCAGUUGAUUGCUCUUAGUUGUUUGAUCACAGUAGUGAGGUGAUGGCUCAAACCCUCUACUGCAUGACCCGGAGAUCUGGGUAUAGAGCUGGGUGUUGAUAGCAUAUUGAUGAUGACACCUGAUUCCCAGAAUUAUGAAUGAUUUCCCCUAGAGGUUUUAUAGAGAGACUGUGUGGAGAACAGAAUUAAAACCAGUUAAACUUUACACCAGAAAUACCUAAGAUGGCUACCUUCUUGAUGGCAUUCAACCAUUUAGAACAAUUGGCCAUGCUGGCAGGGGCUGAUGGGAAUUGUAGUCCAUGAACAUCUGGAGAGCUGCAGCUUGCAGACCCCUGAUUUAGGGCUCCUAAGGUUAAACCACUGGUUCCCUACAACCAGGGCGUUGUCUGGCUAUUAUUAUUUCCCAGAUCAGCAUGAGAAGCUGCCCUCUAUCCUUACAAAGGAUUCACAGACCUCUAAGAGUCACCAGACCUAUUUGAGAAAGGGUGGUGUAAGCUACAAUUUUUGAUCUGUGUAAAUCCAUGAAUAGUUUAGUUGCAUACGGACUUCCCUCAGCUUGGAUACAUAUCUACUUUUCAUCUAUUUGCGUGUUCCCUGUAUCUAGUUAUCAUGAAAAAAAAGUACUGAUUUGAACACUUUACGAUGUCCCAUAUUUCUCCUUAUGUGGGGGACGUAGGUUUUUCUGGUGAUCAUUCGGUAUGUGGAUUCAAGAUGUUUUGUCAUAUGAAUAUUUUUACAGGUUGAGGGAUCCUUAAUAGUUUCCUAAUAGAUUCUCCCGCAGCACAAGUUUUAAACUCUGGCUUUCAGAAGGCAGGGGCAGCAAGAAUCUAACCCCUAGCAGCCACAACCUACCAGUUUUACACAGUGACAGAAAUUGAACCUCCUUUGAUUGGUAGUUCCCACUAGUCUUUCGGCAAGAGCUCUCAAAACCUUAUACAAGCAUCCUAACAUUAAGAUUACAUUUUUGAGACUCUGUAAGCAUAGUAGCAGCGUUGACCAACUCAUACAGGCAGGUGGACCAAGUUGUGUAUGUAUGUGUGUGUGUGUGUGGGGGGGGGGGGAGAUUGGGAUGACCUGGGUGGGAAAUUAAAGUUUGUUACCGAGAUCUACAGCCCUUACAAACUGUGGAAUGCACAAUUUUCUAUAGUGCACAGACUGGGAGGCACAUGUUGAGAACUAGCUUGUCCAAUGCUUGCAUUUUUUCCUGGCAACUCUUGAUGCCUUCCAAGAACCGGUGAUUCUAGGUAACCAUUUGUGCUGAAAACAACUUGACUCCGCCCCAUACAUUAUUUGGCAACAUGGUGCACAUACUGAGGAUACAUUUUAGCUUGUGGGGAAAGUAACAGCAGCUAGUUUAGAAAUACCUGUCUUCACAGAUUCUUUAUCUUGAGCAUUAUAAUGUAUUAUUAAUCAACAUUAUUUUUCCCUAAUGAUAAGAUACAGAAAAUAUGUAAUAUAUUCCAUUAUUAAGAUUGCCCCAAAGAAGAAUCUGACAUGGAGCUCUAAUAAUGACUCCGGUGUCAGAAGGUCUGUAUAAAGUAAAGCAAGUGUAGAAUUUACCUUUCCAUCUAUGUCCGAUUCCUAGUUGCAAAAUUGUAGACUGCAGCAUAUCUGGCAAUUAGUGAAUGUUCUAAGAAUUCUGUGAACUGGUUCUUAACUGACAAAAGGUUGCAUGACAUCUUGCACAGACUAAGUGACUGGUUUCACUGGGUUUUUUUUAAAGCUUUGGUGCUGUCAAAUAAUAAUUUUCACACUUCUAAGCCUAUUUUUCUUUUACUGCAAAUAUUCUGGCAUGUUAUCAUGCCUUUAGGAUUUGGGGGGGCAGCUGCUGUAAUUUAAAUAAUCUACUGAUUAAAUGCAAAGCUUCAUCCAGCUACUGGGUUACAUUGCUUCUCCAAUGUAGUUCCUUGACAGGGUUAAAUUAAAUUUUUCAUUUGCAAGCAAGAUAACAUUUUAGGUUCACCUUUAUAUGAAUAUGAAUCUCCAUUUGGACAAAAAUGUCAUCCAGCUGCUUAUUGGAAACCCCAUCCUGCUCUGAACUGACGUGUCCUUCUGACCACAUGAACUGGACACUCACUGUGUGUUUUUUUCUAACCAGGGAAGAAAACAGCUCUGACAGCCGUCUCUGAAUAGUACUUUGGCUGUGAUACUUGACAGGUAGCGUUUGGCACAUUGAAUUACACAGGUUCAAAGGAAGGAAACUUAUAUUUUUAGGAGGGCCAAUUCUGAUUCACAGACAGGAUGCCAAGAAUGAGUAUUUUACACCUGACACUUGUUCAAGAUAAACAGGCCCAUUAAGAAUUUUGCGAGCAUGGCAUAUGUAGGACAGGCACUCACAACAUCUGGCUUCCCAUCAACUCCGGUUGUUUUACAGAGCAAUCCUAUGCAGUUACUUCAGUCUAUAGCCAUUCAUUUCAGCAGGCUUAGACUGGCAUGACCCUGCAUGCCCUGUUAAGAUUUAUUUACUUGAUUUGUCUCCCACCUUACUCCACAAUGGAGACCCAAAGUAGCUUACCACUUUCCCCUCUUCAUUUCAUCCUCGCAACAAGCUUGCGAGAUAGCUGGGGGCCUAAGAGAGCGACUGGCCCCGGCCAUCCAUCCAGCUUCUAGGGCAGAGUAGGAUUUGAACCAGUCUCCCAGAUCCAAGUCCAAUACUAUCACCACUAGACCACCCUUCCUCUGAGGGCACACGGGAGGUUCGACAGACCUGAUAUUUCUGUCUGGCUGUGCCUGGGAAAACAGAGCGGGGAAGGGGACUUGCCUUGCACCUGACAUGCCACAUGACAAGGGAGGUCGGCUGAAUUUGAUAUCAUGGUCCUGAUACCGAGUAAUGCCUCCAUCUGAAAAAAUACAUAUUAGAACAUAGACAAAAUCUACAUUGUUAGUAACAGAUUACAGGUUAUGUGGGUGAAGUGGGUUAUGUGGAUAGAGGCAGUGCACUUUCUAUUCUGCCUGUGAACUCUACAAAGCGUGACUACUCUAAUCUUCAGGGGGGCCUACCCACUUGGUCACUAUCAUGUACUCUGAACUAAGUCGGUAGAAUUUCCUUACGUGUAAAAAUGGUUUUGAUCCAAGAUAAGUAGCGCUGGAAGUCAAAUCAGAUUAGCAUGGGGAAUAACUGCUUGGUUUGUUGGGCCAGACUUUUUAUGACUUGAGUUGGGAACAAACUCUUCUCUUUGCCAGUUAACGUUCUAGUUAAAAUGCAUACUGGGCUGAAAACAGUAGAAAAAUGGGCACAAAUUUAAAGACAAGAUGCUGAAGCCAGCUUCCUGGCCUAGAAUCCAGACAGCCCAGCAAAAGAGCCAGUCGUUAACAUUGUGUGAUCCUCCUGGAGAUAAAAACAGCUUCUUUCUCUUGGAAAGCAUUUCUAUUAGAUAGUGAAAGGAGACUGCAAUUAGGAGACAUUAUGUCAAGACAGCUGAUUUUCAGAAGCCCACAAUGGUUAUAUCAAGGACUGCUUUCAUUAGCUGAAAACAGCAUUUUCUUAUUAUCCUUAAUAAAGGAAACGUCAUUCUUUUGCCUCUCAGUCUAUCUGUCUGUCUGAAUAUAUGAUUUCAUUCAGUUUACAAUUGUUGGUUUGCUUUCUGCAUCUCUGGAGUGUAUCAGACAAUCCUUACUUUAACCAAAAAAAAAAAAAUUAAAUCUUACAUCAGACAAGUCCAAAGGUGUAUUUUAAUUUGAUGCUGUAAUAAAAAUCUUGGGUUUCCAAUGUGUCCCCUUCGGGGUUUUCAUCAUAAAGAGCUAAUCCUUCUGAUCAUUCAGUCCUAUAGUUUGUUAUUUUAAAAGGUGUAUUGAUUAAGCCUUUUUUUGCAUUAAUUAAAUGUUUGUUUUUUUAAAAAAAAUAAAUAUGAACUGAACUUUUAAGUAUAUUAUCUGCAAAACUAAAGAUUUCAAGAUAAUUUCCUGGUGUAUUUAAAUUUCAGAAUUCAAUAUAUUUGUCAUGUCUGCAUUUGAAAUACCGAGAUAAUUUUGUUUUCUGAUAUUUAAUGUAAAUAUUUGUACAAAAUACUAUCUUUUGUAUAUUUUUGUGAAUGUAGUUCCCCAAAAGAUACAAAAGGUUUAAUAAAAAAGUGCAUUAAAA